AUGAGUGAUGAUGAAACUAUCCAGCAAUAUCAUAUGAAGAUUCUUGAAAUUGCUAAUGGAUCCAGUGCAUUGGGUGAAAAAAUGUCAGAAGAAAAACUUGUAAGAAAAAUUCUUUGGUCUCUACCUAGGAAAUUUUACAUGAAAGUGAUAGCCAUUGAAGAAGAUCAUGAAAUCACCACUAUGAGGGUUAUUGAACUUGUUGGUUCACUUCAAACUUUUGAAUUAGCUGUUAAUGACAAGUCUGAGAAGAAGAACAAAGGCAUGACCUUUGUAUCCAGCACUAAAGAUGAAAUCGGUCAAGAUGAUCUAGAUACUGAGGAAGGACUGUCCAAAACUGUUGUGUUACUUGGGAAACAAUUCAAUAAAAUUAUGAAGAUAAUGGAUAGAAGAGGAAGACCUGAUGUCAAGAACAUCUCAUCUGACAUCAGGAACAACAACAAUUCGCAUAAUGAUACCAGAUCUGAAAAAAAAGUCACAUUAAAGAAAAGACUAUUUGGAUAUCAAGACCAAACUCAACAAGUCAAAUUUGAUCAUGAUACUAGUAACAGGAAGCAUUCUGGGAUAGAUAAGAAUGUUGCUCUAAUAACACACACUUCUCUAAGGAUGCCAACAGAAGAAGACUGGUACCUUGAUAGUGGUUGUUCAAAUCAUAUGACCGGGAGGAAGAACUCUCUAGUAGAUCUCAAAUUGGAAGGAAACAACUAUGUAACUCUGGGUGAUGGAGAUAUAAGAGAAGUCAAAGGUGUUGAGAAGACAGAAGUAGUAGGUAUACCUAAUCUAAACAAUGUUCUACUUGUACAAGGAUUAGCUGCAAACCUUAUAAGCAUCAAUCAGUUGUGUGAUGAAGGAUUCAAUGCUAGGUUCACCAAAGAUAAGUGUAUCAUCACGAAUGAAGAAAAUGAAGGAGUCAUGAAGGGAUUUAGAUCUAAGGAUAAUUGCUAA